AGCUGCACGGCGCAGGCGCGAGGAGCGCGGGGACGCGCCGCCGCCGCCGCCAUGCUGAUGAAGGGCCGGUUCCCGAUCCGGCGCACGCUGGAGUACCUGCGGAAGGGCGAGGUGGAGUUCAAGAGCGCGGUGCAGGUCAUGAUGGUGAACUACAACACGCACGGGCAGCUCAGCGAGGGCGCCAGGCAGUUCGUGUUCUUCACGGUGCCGCAGCUGCAGUUCCGCAACCCGCGCGUGCAGAUCGUCAUGUUUAGGAACUUGACCCCGUCGCCCUUCCUGCGCUUCUACCUCGAAGAUGGCAAGCAGGUCUUGGUUGACAUUGAAGAGAAAACCAACAAAGAGAUAACUGAGCACAUUAAAAAAAUCUUUGGUAAAAGCAUAGAAACUCUCGAGAGAGAGCAGCAAGCAAAAAAGGUCUUACAUCCUGCCACCUUUGGCCCCAAGAAGUACCACUUGCGUGAAUGUAUGUGUGAGAUUGAAGGCCAGGUGCCCUGCCCAGGAAGAGUGCCACUACCCAAGGAGAUGACAGGCAAAUACAAAACAGCAAUGAAAGCAGCAGCUGCUAGUAAAUAAGUUAUGCAGUUCUGCUGCCCUUCAGGCUUCCUAGAGAGGAAACAAACUGGACUAUAGUACCUGAUCAGCCUUGCUUUCCAAGAGGUUGGUCCCAACCAGAGAGGUAAAAAUUCAUGCUUAUCACUCAAGUGAAAGACAAUAUUUUAAUAAACUUUUCUUUGAGACUUCA